GCAAUGAUUGAGUGUCUGGAGAGAGACAGCGCUCCUUCCCUCACCGCACCUGCUCGGCGUUAAAAUACACCCCAAUAACACCGCCAAGGACCUUUUUCUUUAUUGUUAUUAUUCCGCCACAAGCAUUCAAUGACGACGUAACAGAUUCGGAUACCAUCUCAAGAACACUAAACUGGACAAAAUGGAAAUGGUGGCCUAACUCCUCCACAUCACAAAGAUUUUGGAGGAUCAACACUCGUCAUGCACAAUCCUGCUUCAGAGAUUGUAGCAGCGUACCCCAGUGGAAGUGCGGUGGAUAAAGAUGCCAAUCCAGAGACAACCUUGGGGAGCGCCUACUCUCCGGUGGACUACAUGAGCAUCACCAGCUUCCCCAGGCUGCCGGAGGAUGACUUGUCCGGGGAAAACACUCUGAAAUCUCGCAAGGAGGACGACAACGUCCUGAGUGAACAAGAUACAGACCCGGAUCUGUUUCUGAAGUCUGCUCGGCUACAGCGUCUCCCCUCUUCGGCUUCAGACUUGGCGAGCCAUGAUAUUGCAUCGCUACGGGAGACCAACACGGAUCCCUUUAAUGAGGACUGUGCCUGCCAGCGGGAUGGACUGACCGUCAUCAUCACAGCUUGUCUUACCUUUGCUACAGGGGUCACUGUGGCGCUCAUCAUGCAGAUCUACUUUGGAGAUCCACAGGUUUUUAAUCAAGGUGCGGUUGUGACGGAUGCAGCUCAGUGCACAUCUCUUGGGUUUGAUGUUCUGGAGAAGCAGGGUUCCAGUGUGGACGCUGCCAUUUCUGCUGCCCUCUGUUUGGGUAUUGUCCAUCCUCACACGUCUGGCAUAGGGGGAGGUGGCGUUAUGUUGGUACACGACAUCCGUAAGAAUGAGACAAGAGUCAUUGACUUCAGGGAGACAGCACCGUCUGGCAUCCACGAAGACAUGUUGCUUACAAACCUUGAUCUUAAUCCCGGCCUGCUCGUGGGCGUUCCAGGUAUGCUCAGUGGGAUGCAUCAGGCACACCAGCUGUAUGGCAGGAUGCCAUGGAAGGAUGUGGUUGCCCUGGCAGCAGAUGUGGCCAGAAAUGGAUUCAAUGUUACUCAUGACUUAGCUGAAGCUCUGUCUAAAGUUAAGAACCAAAACAUGUCGGAUGCAUUCCGGGAUUUGUUCCUCCCCAACGGCCAUGCUCCUCUUUCUGGAUUGUUCACCCAACGCCCUGAUUUAGCAGCUGUCCUGGAUGCUGUUGCAGCUAAAGGGAUAUCGGAGUUCUACACUGGGAAUAUUGCACAGGAAAUGGCAGCUGCUGUACAAGCAAGAGGCGGCAUACUCACAGAGGAGGACUUUGGAAACUACAGCACAGUCCUACAAAAGCCAGCAGAGAUCACGUAUCAGGGACAUCAUGUGAUGGUGGCCCCAGCGCCGCAUGCAGGCGUUGCUUUGAUCUCUGCCCUCAACAUCCUGGAAGGCUACAACAUCACCAGCCAGGUCCCCAGGAACAGCACCUACCACUGGAUUGCAGAGGCUGUAAAGAUAUCUCUGGCCCUGGCUAGUGGGCUAGGAGACCCCAUGUUUGACAACUCCGUCUCGGAGAUUGUUGCCAAGAUUCUGAGUAAAUCACAGGCUUCCCUACUCCGCGAGAUGAUCAAUGACACUCAGGCAUUCCCUGUCAGCCAUUACACUUCAUCAUUUACCUUGGAGGACGGGGCUGCAGCUGCGCAGGUUAUGGUCAUGGGGCCAGAUGACCACAUUGUAUCAGUCAUGGGCUCACUAAAUAAACCAUUUGGCAGUGGGAUAGUGACUCCUUCGGGGAUCAUUUUGAACAGCCAGAUCCUGGACUUCUCCUGGACUAAUAAAACACUGAGUUCAUCACCAAACCCACAUAAUAACCUCCAGCCUGGGAAGAGACCCAUGUCCUUCCUGAUGCCCACAGUGGUGAGGCCAGCCGUGGGACUAUGUGGCACUUACGUAGCUGUUGGAUCUUCAAAUGGAGAGAAAGCCCUCAGUGGCAUUACACAGGUGCUGAUGAAUGUUCUGUCUUCACGUAAAAACAUGAGUGACAGUUUAGCAUAUGGGAGACUGCACCCGCAGCUUCAGCCCAACACCCUCCUCGUGGACUCUGAGUUUUUAGAUGAUGAUGUUGAGCUACUGCAGUCCAAAGGGCACAAAGUGGAGAGGACAGAUGUUCUUUCAUUGGUGGAAGGCACACGGAGAACCAAUGACCUCAUCAUUGGAGUGAAGGACCCCCGUAGUGCAGAUGCCUCUGCCCUUACUAUGUCCAACCUGCCUUAGAGCGCCCGUCUUUCCAAUACUUGCAUAGAGUAUUGCAGGGUUUGUUAAUUACGUAAGUAAGCAGGAUUCUGAUCAGCUAUAGCAUGUACACUCAGCUAAAUUUCCCAUCAAAGUACUGUUGUUUAUGUGGAAAAAAGUGAUUGAAAAGACAUGCAGCCUUCACUGAGCUGAUCUGAGGAUCCUGAUUAAUCUCAUAUUAAAUUAUUGACUUGCUCACUUUUAAUAAUACAGAAUACCACCACUUUACCCAACACCUGUGGUGCACUUUUUGUCAGCCUCAAGCACCAUCCAAUCCCAGGUUACAAUAUGUUCAACGUCUGUGUUUCUUUCCUUUAAUGGCUUCAACAUCUGCUGCUUGUAUUAUACAGCAAAAGACAUGGAAAUGUAAGGCAAAUUCAUAAAUGAACUAGUGAUUUUACUUAGAUAAUGUGAUGAAAAAAUAUAGAAAGAGGAAUAGCUUGAAAGCCAAGUCAUGGCUGCAUGUGAGCUCCUGAGAAGGAUGUUAAUGAGAGGUUCACUCCGGAGUUAGUCAGGAAUUUGGAUUUGGACUGCAAAGAUGUGCAUGGAUAAUAUGCAAGAAUACAUACGAAAGCAGGCCAAGAAGCCAUUAUUUACAACACCUACAUGGUUUGCAGUGCUCUUGAGCCACCUUUGUGCUUUUCAGCUCUUCCACUGCAUUUGACCAUCGGUCCACAUUACACAGAUGUUGUGUAAUUACUCGUGAUUAUAGCCUUGCUUUGUCAUAUCUGAUCACGACUGCCGUAAACUGAACACAUAUGCCGUCUUGCUCUUUAUAUGGUGUGUAACCGUGGUUAGAUGUUGUUUGGUAUGGCAGCUGGAGCUUUAACUGUUGCAGUCACUCACUGACACCUUUCGGAUCCUGUUACGACUAACCCAUUAUCGACACUAAACAUGUUAAACUUGCUUCUUGAUCAAAAUAAUUUUAUUAUGUUUAAUUUAAAUAUCAGUCACUGUUAAGCAAUGUAUUUAAUGCCACUGUUUUGAAAUAAAGUUGCUGCAUGUUUUUGUUCUCCUUAUGAACUUAUGAAAGAAGGUUUUUGUUUUGAAGAGUCUGUUCUGCUUCCUAAAAUGUUUUUUUUUUUUUAAUGAAUUGGCUGUAAUAUGUAUUUUUGUAUAAACAUUUGUUUAUACAUUAUAUAUUCUGUUGGUGGAUUUAAGUUGUACAUUUUAGAAAAUGAUUUUUUUUUUUUAUUUCUGUGUACUUGUGCAGUCAUAGUUUUAUCUGAAGUAAGAACAAAUGGCUUUUAUAGACCUUUGUGGUCAUACAAAUUUGCCAAUCAAAUAGCCUCUGAAUCUUAUCUCCGUUGUUAGGUACCAGUGCAAUAUGACUGUUGAUGCUUGUCUUUAGAGUACUCUGCCUUAAGGCACACAUUUGCACAACACUUCAUGUUUCAGUGUACUUAUUUUCAUUACAAUCAGGAAUGUUCAAAC